GGGAAAUAAAUAGGUGGGGGUCCGGCCACAGUCCGCAUGGUCUCUCAAAACGGCCCGCCAAUGCCUAUGCCGAUGCAGGUGCCACCGGGCCACAUAGUCCAGCAGAUUGUGGACGAGAACGGGAUCUUAACACACGUGAUUCUCUCUCCUCAACCUCCUCCAGGAAUGACACCAGCUCCCUCUAUCAGUUCGGUAGGAUACUAUGGACCAAGUGGAGGACCACCUCAGUAUUAUUCCACAUAUCCCCCAUAUGCAGGUUAUACUGCAGCCCACGCCAUGGGAGGGGCGCCAGCACCCCAUCACCCGGGGACCCCCUCCCAUCAGUGUAACAGUAGUCACACACAUGGACCACAAGGUUCUCUUCCACCGCACCCCAAUCAUUCUUCACAAGUAGACGACAGGACGCAAAGGAUGAAAGAACGCUUACAGAGAAAAGUACACACAAGGAGGAAAAACAUAAAUUGUUUUAAUAAUUACAGUCCGUCUAGGACAAAAGUAAACGGUGACCUCCGCAGGCACGAUGCUCACAGCAGCUCUUCUAGUAAUGACGGGAAUGAAGGAGAUGAAGAAGCACGCACCAUACAAGAUAUCCUCUCCAGGAUGAAGGAACCCAAGGUGUCCAAUAUAGACUCCAGAAGUGCCUUGAUCGAGGUCAUUCCACCAGAUUGCUCGCAGAUUGAGCUGGACUUGGAGAUCAACCCAGCUGAAUUUCGCUACGAGCUUUUUCUGUCUGACAAGUCAAAAGAUGGCAAAUACAAAAUGGUGUAUUGUGGUGAUGCGACAGAAAUCACAUUAAAAGAUCUGAAACCGGCCACAGAUUAUUUUGUGAGGAUCAGCUCUUUGCUGGACGACCUCAAGGGAGAGCCCACGACACCAGUGAAUUUCCGCACCUCUGUCUGCGAGCCAGAGACACCUGAGAAACCCAAGCUGUCUGGGAGGACGAAGACUAGCAUUACACUAAAGUGGAAUGCUGUGAAUGACAAUGGUGCAAAAAUUUCCAGUUAUUGUUUAGAAUUUGACCAGGGCAAAGGCAAUGGUAGAUUUGUAGAAGCCUACAACAACGUCCAGCGCCAGUUCAAAGUGUCCAAGCUGACCCCAGCCACCGCGUAUGUGUUCAGGUUAGCCGCAGUGAACUCUGUCGGGAAGAGCGACUACAGCGAGCCAGUCUGUUACUGCACCAGCGGCAGUGUACCUACACAGCCAGACCCACCCAUGCUGUCUGAGCAGUUUGUGACGGCACUCGUCGUGUCCUGGAUAAGACGGCCCAACGAUGAUGAGUUCACGUUACACAUGGAGGACGAGUUGUCUGGCCAUGGUUUCAUUCCUAUUUUCAAUGGUCCAGAUCUGUCUUUCAAAGUGUGCAACCUUAGGCGGAACACAGAGUAUAAAUUUAAGUUAUGUGCCAGAAAUGAAGAAGGGAGUAGCAAGUUCUCUGAUGUAGUCAACUACAGGACCCUCCCUGACCGGCCUGGACCCUGCGGCAGGCCCCAGACCAAGGGGAAAGUGCAUUCAAACAGCUUCAGGGUGGUCUGGGAUCACCCCAAGGACAAUGGAGGUUCAGAGGUGACCAAAUACAUUCUAGAGAUGGAUGAGGGGAGAGGUUUUGAAGAGGUGUAUGAGGGACCAGACAGAGAACACACCUGUGACAACCUGCAUCCAGGACACGUAUACAGGCUGAGGACGGCCGCGGUGAAUGCUGGCGGGAGGAGCCCAUGGUCAGAGAUGUCCAGUGUGACCACCCAGGCUGUGGCUCCAGGACUGUGCCAGGCUCCCAAAUUACAAGGAAAACCAAAGGCUACAUAUCUACAUUUACGUUGGGCAUAUCCGGACUAUGAUGGUGGUGCUGAAGUGAUAGAGUAUGAAGUUCAGAUGAUCCAGCCAGACAACAGUAUACGGGAAGUGUACAAAGGUCACGACCUCGACUGCAUGGUGGCAGGAUUACUGCCUGGCCGACCUUAUUUGUAUCAAGUACGGGCGACAAAUAAAGCAGGGACUGGGCCUUGGUCAGAUCCCCUAGAGGUGGUAAGUGGUCCUGGUGCGCCCGAUGCCCCCAAGACGCCGACGGCAGUGUGCCGGUCUCCGCAGAGUGCAAUAGUCAGCUGGGAGGAGCCCGUCAACAAUGGUGCUACUAUAACAGAGUACAGGCUGGAGUGGCAGCAGAAACCUGAGGCAGACUUUACACAGUUAUACAAUGGGUCAGCAUUAAAUUAUGAGGUGCGUGGUCUUUCACCAGCGACAUUGUACAGUUUCCGUGUACAGGCCUCUAAUGCAGCAGGCACGGGGCCAUUUAGCCCCCAGGGAGCCUGCAUGACACCUUCAUCUAGUCCAAGUGCUGUCGUGUCCAUACGUGCAACGAGUACAGCGGAAACGAUAACCUUGUCAUGGAAAGAGCCGUGUUGUAAUGGCAGCGAGAUUCUGUCAUACAACAUUGAUCUGGGAGAGAAGCAACACAUGGUCACAGUGGAGAAUGUCUUGGAGCACACAGUACACAACCUGAUGCCAGAAACACUGUACAAGGUGCGAGUCCAAGCAGUCAAUUCUAUAGGCGUAGGACCAUUCAGUCAGGUUGUCAAGGUGAUAACACGUGCAUUACCACCUACUCCACCCCGGCUGGAAUGUGUGAACUGUGGGCCAAACAGUCUGAAACUGAAGUGGGGCGAUGGGAAAAACCUUGAUCUUAUCCAGUAUUCCUUAGAGAUGGCUAGAGAUGGCGGAAGUUUCUACCCAGCAUACAAAGGUACCAGUCACAGCUACAAAGUGAGCCGGCUCUCAGAGCUGACCUCCUACAGGUUUAGGUUGUAUGCCAGCAAUGAGGCAGGGGAUGGCCCCUACUCACAGGUGUACACUUUUACCACCACCAAGGCCCCGCCUCCAGCUGUCAGAGCUCCCUCUGUCCUGGACCUGAGUUUGGACUCGUGUCGUGUGGAGUGGCACCCCUGUAAACCACUGGGAGGGGACAGCAUAUCUUAUAUACUACAGCUGCAGACACCAUAUGCCAAAGACCAAGAAUACAAACAGAUCUACCAUGGUGCUGAAACAUCAUGUCGCCUGACCUCUCUCUCCGCCAAGACAGAGUACCAAGUUCGUGUGUGUGCAGUUCGUGAGUGCCAAGGGGAGGCAGGUCCCCUCCAGGGGGCCUUCAGUCCGGGGAUUUUGUUCUCAACCCUCAGUCCAGAACCUGUCAGCAAAGUUGCCUCAAAAGCGUCGACGGAAAAGAAAGCAUUGGUCAGCUUGGAGAACAGGGAAUUAACUGACCAUCAGAAAGCCAUGAUUAUACUGUUUGGCUUUGCUGUGUUUGCCAUAAUCAUUGCCAUUAUAGUACAUAGGAUUUUCAUGUACUACAAACAGUAGUGGUGCAGGUGAAAUCCAGGCGUUGUCCCAGAGAGGAGUAGAAGCCAACGACAUGGUCCAUCUGGACUGAGCAGUGCACAGUAAAACAAAGUGAUGGUAUCAAAGCCACAGGUGGCCUCUGGGUUUUUUUUUU